AUCAUGGCGGCAAUUUCUUCUUACAUGGCCUGCACGAAGUUCUCUAUGUUGGGUUUGGUUGGAGGGAAAGGGGAACUAAGAAAGAGGAAGGCAUUCUCCAUUUCAGCUCAGCAGCAAGCUGAAGUAAAAGAAUCACAAGAAGUGAAGGUUGAAGAACAAGAACAAGAGAAAGUGAAGAUACCAGGAAAACAACCAAGACCAGUGGAACCACAAGUGAAUGUAAAGAGCAAGAAUAUGAGUAGAGAAUAUGGAGGACAGUGGCUGAGCAGUGUCACCCGGCACGUUAGGAUUUUUGCAGCAUAUAUUGAUCCUGAAACCUGGGAGUUUGAUCAAACCCAGAUGGACAAACUUACAAUGCUUCUUGAUCCCUCAGAUGAGUUUGUGUGGACUCCUGAGACUUGCAGUAAGGUCUUUGCGUACUUCCAGGAGCUUGUGGAUCACUAUGAGGGUGCCCCUCUGACAGAAUACACACUUCGUCUGAUUGGUUCAGACAUAGAGCAUUACAUAAGAAAGCUGCUCUAUGACGGGGAAAUCAAAUACAACAUGAACGCAAAGGUCCUCAACUUCAGCAUGGGGAAGCCAAGGAUUCUAUUUAAUGACAACAAUGGCCAACCUCAAGAUGCACAAUGAUUAGAUUGCAGAAAAAGGGUAAGGAAAACAACUUAAAGCCAGUAUCUUGUUGGGUCUGACAAUGUAUUAGAAAAACUAGCAUUUCUCACAACAUCUGUUUUGAAAUAUACAACAAAGCCAGGAUAAUGUCAAUGUAAAAAGCAAAAUUUCCUGCGAGGAAGACUAUUUAUUUUGUAUAAAAUGUUAUCCUGUUGUAUUG